AUGCAUUACAUCGUGGCCAUCUCUCUGCUGCUCCAGGUUUCGAUGGGCUUGGAGCAGGGCAACAACAUGCCCGACAUAGUAGCACCCGGAAGGGCAGACAGAAUGUUCGUGAAGCGCGCUGGGAAGGAUUACGGCAAACAGACUGCCCCAGCCGCCGGUAUCCAGAAUCCAAGCAGAAUCGUGUACGUCGGGCCCACCAAGGGCAACGAGUUGGAGAAAGCACACAACCGACAGGCAUCUGGGUGCUCUGCUGGAGGCAAAAGCCCUUGUGGCGAGUUCCCCUUCAGCCAGAAGUUCAGCGACAAGACAGCAGGUCCGGGUGAAUACGAUUGUGAUGAAUGGCCACCUGCAAUGUCUCAGCAGUUACCAUUCGGCGAUCCGAACCGACUGGCGCCAAACAGUCUACGCUGCAUGGUAGCUGACGAGAAUCAAGACAUCGGUCGCAAGCUGGGUCGCAUUGUAACAAGCAACGGUAUGGUCCGCGACGACUUCUUCGACGUGGACUUUGACAUCACUGGUGCUGAUCAGAGCAAACUCGCAUUCUGUCAGCCAAACCCAAACCCAAGAGGUGUCUGCGGUUCCGACGGCCUGCAAUUCGAGCUCAUGGAGAAGACGUUCGCUUCCGGCAAGCUCAGCAGUUACUACAACCGCAAUGGCGACGACAACAAGUACAUAUUGACCGACACUGCCUACGCGGAGCUGUACCAAUGCGGCGUCGAAUUCACUCGCGACGGCGAUGCGACGAUCAAGGACAUCAAGCUUAGUGACUGGGAGAACAAGGAAUCGACGCCAGCUCAGUGCAACUUGCCCAACAACAACGACUCGUGCGACCUACAGGGUCUCCCCAACGACCUACGAGUAAAGCGCACCGGCAACUUUGGUACCAAGCUGGAAUUUGAGUACUCGCCAGUCCAAAAGGGCGUCAACUACUUCGAUUGGGACUCGGAUAUGAAGGGCAACGGUCGUGGUCCAUGGACUGGGAACGAUGAUACGGACCCGACUGCGCAACCCUUGCGCUUCUGCAAGGUUGUUCAUGGCAGUGCACCGAAUACGCAGAGCUUCAACUGCUGGUUCCCUUGCUACAAGAAUGCGGACGGUAAACCCUAG